GAUGGCAGUAAGGGACAGUGAAUGCCUCUGGUGAAUGAAAGCAAACGCUACAGAAGAAGUGAACUUUAGCGUAGGCUAGUGUAGUCAGUUAACUGUUAGUCCUGUGCAAUGACUCGUGUCUGGCCAAUACUAUUUUUGUGCUUAUCUAAAUGGAUCUGACUGGCAAAGUAGUAUCCUCAAGCUGUAGCGUAAGAAAAAGAGUAAUUGCUGAUGUCGGCUCGGACAUACCUGGCCAGCCUUACAGUAUCUCAGUGCUAAAGGAGGGUUAUUGUGUGUCACAAGCAGAUGGUUGUACGCGUGCAGACGGAACAAUAUCUCUCUUGGUCGGCCCAAAGAAUAUUCUGGUAGAUACAGGUGGACCAUGGGAUCGCGAUUUCCUCCUUGCUCAGCUGGAGAAAACGGGACUAAAACCUGAUGACAUCAAUAUAGUAGUCGGGACCCAUGGCCACUCAGACCACGUGGGUAACCUAGGGCUGUUUCCAGAUGCACUGAUUGUUGUAGGAUGUGAUAUAAGUCAAGGGGAUCUGUAUCUUCCAAACGAGCUGGCAGACGGCCAGCCAUAUCUCAUCGAUGAUCAUGUGUCGAUCGUUCCCACACCGGGUCACACCGGACGGGAUGUGAGCGUGCUGGUAAAGGACACCUCCGUGGGCGUUGUGUUGGUUGCUGGGGACUUGUUUGAGUGCUGUGAUGAUGAGGACUCCUGGCGAGCGCUGAGCGAGAACCCUGAGGUUCAGGAGAUUAACCGAAAGGCGGCAUUACAGAUUGCUGAUGUUAUCAUCCCUGGACACGGACCCCGGUUCAAAGUGCAUAGGGACUCCACCAACUGAUAUGGCUCGUGUUUUAUGUUUAGCUAGGGUGUGACCCACUUGAAGCAACAGGUAUGCUUUUAUCCUAUAUUUUGUAUCAUCUUCAGAUUAAGUUUGAUGGAACAUGGCCACGUGCAGAGAACACAUUCCCACCAGCCAUCCAGGAUGUGCACUAUGCUCUUCUGUGUUACGGAUAGGAACACUUGGUCAAAUUAAAAAAAAGUAAAUCCUUUAACAGCACAACACUCUUGACAUAAACAUUGGUUAUGUGAGUACAGUGUUUUUUCUAACCUACACUUAAUUUAUUACACAUGUGUAAGCAGCACAGGAAUCCAGUGACAACCUUGAUUAGUUUUAUUUAAGUGAAUUAGAUACUUCUAAAAUGCAGUUGCUUGCCACAUUUUGUCUCAAAUGCAGGAUCCAAAUCUCCAUACUUUGGUGUGGAAUUUAGACCUUUGUUUUAACCUGUGGUUACCUUUCUACUAAAUAGAAUGACCCAUAAAGAAAGAUGAAUAUUGUAAAGUAAUAAAGUCAAGUUGGUAAAAUAUAAUGACUGACGUUUUCUUCUUGGAGAUCAAUAAAGUACUCUCUGUCUCUGUCA